AUGCAGCAUGCUAUUUCAGCGGACAAAAACACAGAGGGAAUCAAUGCCUGGAAAAAGAAGACACCAUAUCGAGCCCGUGAACCAAGCGAGAACUUCAUUGCCCGCUACGAGGGGGAAUGCCAUUGUGGAGAAGUGAAAUACCAACUGUCACGAGAGAAGCCGUUGGAUGUCAAGUUCUGUCAUUGCAGCACCUGCCAGACCCAGCACGGGGCACCCUUUCAAUGGGCGGCAAUCUUUCAUAAGGACGACAUCAAUUUCGUCCACGGCCACCAUAACCUCGAAUGGUACGACCCGAGCACAAAGACCGCCGAUCACAAACUCCCCUGCAAAGUCCGCUGCGCGUUCUGCCACACUCCCAUUAUGGACGAGGGCCGAAACAUGAUCCUCUUGUUCCCAUCCUUGAUCAAGAUGGACGAGAAAGACAGACCCAACUUUAGGCCAAGGUGCCAUAUGUUCUACGGCGCUCGGGCUGUCGAUAUCAAUGAUAGGCUCCCCAAAUGGAGUGGCUUGAGUCUAGCGAGUAAUUUGAUUGGGGAUACGACGCCCGAGUACCAGCAACUGUACCAAAAGCACAGAGAGAACCAGAUGAACAAGUAG